AUGCUUACAGAGAAGAAAGCAGUCGCAGCAGCGACCGCAAAGAAGAUAGACAGCAAGAGGGCGUUCCGGGGUGUCAACCUAUUGUUUGCUGCCAUUUUCGAGGAGUGUUGGAAAGAAAUAGAAUUGUACAAACUUAUUCGUAGUUACCAAAAUUCCCAACUCAGAAGAAGACCAGGAACCCCAAUAAGUGCACCGUGUACCCUUACAUGGCUCACUUCACUUGACAUGCUAUGGGCAAAGUGCCUCACUCCGCUAACGCUAUGGUCAGCACAGUGGUUGCUCAGCAAGUUAGUGUUCACUUUACAUCAGGGUGUUCAGUCUCUUGGUUACAAUACUCAGGAGAUGGGAAAAAGGGUGAAAGUCAACAUGGUGUUUCCUUACUUAAACCUCACCUUCUUUGAUGGGAGAGAGGGUAUGAACUUUCCGACCCCACAAACCAAUUUGUUGGAAGAACUACCUCCGAUCACUAAUAAGGAGGUUGAUGUGAAGGUGUUAAAAAUGUCAAUCAUUUUCUACAGUGUCAUCUUUAUAUUGGGAAUUCCCGGGAAUGGCUUAGUGAUCUGGAUUGCCGGAUUCAAGAUGAAGAAUGUCACUGCUGUGUGGUUCCUCAAUCUGGCCAUAGCUGAUUUCAUAUGCUGUUUAAUCCUCCCUUUGAAAAUUGCAGACUGGGCUUUGUAUUUAAAAGGAGAAGUUGCCUAUACACUAUGUAAAGUCAGUACCGGCAUAAUGUAUAUUACCAUGUGUGCUAGUGUAAAUUUUCUAGUCGCCAUGAGUAUUGAUCGCUGUGCAUCGAUAAUGUGGCCAAUUUGGUCUAAGAAUCAUAAAACACCAAAAUGUGUCCGCAGCAUCUCAGUAAUAAUUUGGGGUUUGAGUCUGACCUUAAGUCUUCCUCAUGUGAUUUUUAACCGUGUGUAUUUUGAUAUUUCAGAGUGUAUGGGAAAAUUAGAUUUUCAUAUAUAUACCUCUGACAUGAACAAAAUGAAAAUCACCAGGUUGGUUACAAUGUUUGUGAUCCCUUUCGUUAUCAUUCUAGUGUGUUAUUGUCUGAUAUUUUUUAAACUUAUACAAGUUAAAAAAUCAAAAAAGUCUCAGCGACCGUACAGGAUUAUCACAGCAGUUGUUACUUGUUUCUUUAUCUGUUGGUUUCCGUAUUACACUUGGCCAUUAAUACCAGUGCAUAUCAAAUCUUCAGAUAUAGAUAAUACAGUGUAUGCAAUGUCUGUCUGCCUGGCUUACUUCAACAGUUGCAUUAAUCCCAUCCUCUAUGUCUUCAUCGGCCGAGACUUUAAAGAGAGUUUAAUGCGUUCAAUCCCAUCCAGGUUGGAAAGUGCUAUCUUCGAGACCUCUCAUCCGUCUGCAAAAGAAAGAGAGAGUUUUAUUUGAGUUGCUCCCAAUAGGAAUGUUUAAAAAACACCCAACUCACUGUUAUGUUCCACAUUCACAAGUGCAAAUUACUGUAAGUGCUACUAACUCCACAAAAAUAUCUUGUUGAAUGUACAGAAUGGUGAACACAGAAACAUGUGAAAGUAAGCAAGAUAUGCGUACAUCUACUCACACUUUGGGGCUAGUCCGCCCCGCAUGUCAGUCCUGCCCUCCCUCGCAGAAGUGCAAAGGCAUCGCACAGCAACGAUGACUUUGCACUUCAAGAGUAGCUCCCGACCAGCGCAGCUUUAGCAUGCUGGCCGGGAGCUACUCAUCGUUCCCUGGCCCGCAGCGACUGCAUGUGACAUCACGCAGCCGCUGUGACCCGCCCCCGUUCGGUCCGGCCAUACCUGCGUUGGCCGGACCAAACCCACGAAACCGUCCAUUCCCGCCCAGCGAUCGCCUCUGCCUGUCAAUUACACUACGGCACCGGCAUAUGCGCAGUAGAGACCCGUUCACUCGGCUGCAUUAAAACGCAGUGAGCAAACGGGUCAGAAUGACCCCCAAAGUUAUAAGAAGGUGGAAGCUCCUUGAAGCUACAAAGAAAGAAUAUAGAUGAGGUGCCUACUGCCAUGGAUAUCUGAAUCAGAUCAUUAUCGUAGGUUUCUCCAGUUUAUAGGAUUUAAGUUCAACUGUACAUAUCCUUAUAGUUGUUACACUUCACUUGUUAGUAUGAUUCUAAAAAUCAUGUUACACUAAUUAAUAUGAUGUCAU